AUUUCAGUCAACAUUUUUCAGGCUAAAAUAUCUUUUUAAACAUUUUCUGCAAUGUCCCAACUUCACUCUGCCGCCGUGAAACCGGAGCCUCCGUGCAACGAUGCCACCAUAAAGCCACCUCCACCGCAUGCGCCGACUCCACAGCCACCGAGACUCGCUGUUUUGACCGACCUUAACGCUGAGCCGCUGGAUUCCGACCUCCAAUCUACUUAUUCUCUAAAUGUCUCUAGGGUUAUUAAUGAUGAGAACAGUCAAGAUAAAAUGAGCUUGAUGGGAAAUGCAGAGGCUAUGGAUGCAGAAGCAUCACAAGUGAAAAGGUUGGGGAAAUGCCGUUCAAGAACUAGUAAAGCCGAGUACCCUCCUGAUUGCAGUGGAGCUGAUAUAGAUGCUGACCAAAAUGGUCAAGGGAACUCCACUUCUCGCGAGGAAAAAGUUAGCAGCCUCAAAACCGGGUUGGUACAUGUUGCACGAAAGAUGCCAAAGAAUGUGCAUGCUCAUUUCAUACUUGGUUUAAUGUAUCAAAGAAUGGGUCAACCUCAACAGGCGAUUCUGGCUUAUGAGAAAGCAGCAGAAAUAUUGCUUCGCUCUGAAGAAGAAAUUGACCGGCCUGAGUUGCUGUCACUGGUUCAGAUUCACCAUGCACAGUGCAUAUUGUUAGAAAGCUUGGAGAAUUGUACUUUGGAUGAAGAACUCAAACCUCAAGAACUUGAUGAAAUUUGUUUGAAGUUGAGGGAGUCUAUGAAGUCCGAUGUCAGACAGGCAUCUGUUUGGAAUACUCUUGGUUUGAUACUUCUUAAAACUGGUUGCUUGCAGGGUGCUAUAUCAGUAUUUUCAUCUUUGUUGGAUAUUGUCCCCAACAACUUGGAUUGCCUUGGGAAUCUUGGAGUCACGUAUCUUCAAAGUGGAAACGUGGAGCUUUCAGAAAAAUGUUUCCAAGACUUGGUUUUAAAAGAGCAAAAUCAUCCCGCUGCUUUAAUCAACUAUGCUGCUGCUCUUUUGUGCAGAUAUGGUUCAGUUGUUGCAGAUUUAUCUCCCUCCAUAACUGUAUUCAUGACUGCCUUUGGAAGAAUAGGAGCUGCCUUCAGAUUAAUCAGUGAUGCCACAUCUUUCUCAAUUGCCUCCGGUGAUUGUGUCAUCUUGGCCAUACUCUGGCUUAAGUGCUCCAUUGCUCUUUCCAGUGCAGGUGCUGGGGCGAAUGCUGAAGAGGGGACUUCUGCAGAUCAGGUUGCAGCUGCCAAUGUUGCCAAGGAAUGUUUAUUGGCAGCUGCAAAAGCAGAUCCCAGAGCAGCUCAUAUAUGGACAAAUCUGGCUAAUGCAUAUUAUUUGACGGGUGAUCAUAGAACGCCCGGAAAAUGCUUAGAGAAGGCUGGAAAGCUGGAGCCCAAUUGUUUGGCCACCCGAUAUGCUGUUGGAGUUCACCGAAUCAGAGAUUCGGAAAGGUCUCAGAAUCCAAAUGGACAGCUCACCUGGGCUGGAAAUGAAAUGGCCUCAAUAUUAAGAGAAGGAGAUUCUAUCUUAAUUGAGCCUCCAAUAGCAUGGGCAGGUCUUGCUAUGGUCCACAAGGCCCAACACGAAAUUGCAGCAGGAUUUGAUAUUGAACAAAAUGAACUGCUGGAAGUUAAAGAACGUGCUACAUACAGUCUAAAGCAGGCUAUAGGGGAAGACCCAGAUGAUGCUGUACAAUGGCACCAAUUUGGUCUUCAUUGUCUUAGUACCCAAGAAUUUAAAACAUCUCAGACAUUCCUGAAGGCAGCGGUUGCUCGUCUUAAGGAAUCUGUUUAUGGAUGGUCAAAUCUCGGUAUCUCACUGCAGCUAUCGGAGGAGUCUUCACAAGCUGAAAAAGUAUAUAAACAUGCCUUGUCAUUGGCUACAUCGAAACAGGGGCACACCAUAUUUUCCAACCUUGGAAAUUUCUAUCGGCAAUUAAGGAAAUUUGAAUUCGCAAAGGCAAUGUUUGCGAAGUCACUUGAACUGCAGCCGGGUUAUGCUCCUGCAUAUAAUAAUCUUGGUCUUGUGUUUGUAGCUGAGGGUCGCUGGGCGGAAGCUGAGUUCUGCUUUAACAAGGCAAUUGAGACAGAUCCGUUGCUGGAUGCAGCUAAAUCUAACAUGAUUAAAGUUGCAACGAUGUGUAAAUGAAAUACAGGCUUGGCUUCAUGUAUAUCUGAUUAGUUUGUAAAGUGACGGUGAUAGGUUGACAGUGAUACAACUCGAUGAGCAGUUAACAAAUAUACCUUAACUCUAAAGGGAGUGCAAGGCAAGUAUUGCACCUCUCUUCUGAUGUUUUUAUGUAGUCGGGUGUCGUCAAGUCAAUUCCUUUUGAAACUUUCUUGGUAUGUUUCAUUUGGAAUCAUACGCUGAGCAUGAUUGUGAAUAUCCGUUUAAUUUAGAUUCAUAUGAGAUUAUUCUCUCUGUAGCAUCUCUGUUUGUUUUCUGCUUUCUGCAUAUUUAUAUCAUGAUAUAGAUACUUUCUUGUAAACAGCAUAUUCUAUGUCGUCGGAUGUUCUCUCCAUUGUCAAAAUUCACCACUUAGCAUCAUGUUGGGUAGAA